GGGCAGGGCAGCGUGAUGCGACGGGCUACGGUGCUGGCCCUGCUGACCGUGGUGCUGGUCUACCUGGUGAGCGGCGCCUUCGUGUUCCGCCUCCUGGAGCAGCCGCAUGAGAGCCGCCAGCAGGAGGCACUGCAGGUCGCCCGUGAGCAGUUCCUGCAGAGAUACCGCUGCGUGCCCAGCCAGGAGCUGGACACACUCAUCCUGCAUGUCAGAGACACCAUGGGUGCCGGUGCUGACCCCACAGCCAACAGCACCAAUGGCACCAGCACCAACUGGGACAUGGGCAGCGCCUUCUUCUUCGCUGGCACCGUCAUCACCACCAUCGGGUUCGGUAACACAUCCCCCAAGACAGAGGGGGGGCGUCUCUUCUGCAUCUUCUACGCUCUAGUUGGGAUCCCGCUCUUCGGGAUGCUGCUGGCUGGGGUAGGCGACCACCUGGGCUUCUCGCUGCGCCAGGCCAUCGGCAAGGUGGAGGAUAUCUUCCUGAAAUGGCAGGUGAGUCCCACCAUCGUGCGGGUUCUCUCCGCCCUGCUCUUCAUCCUCAUUGGCUGCAUCCUUUUCGUCACCAUCCCCACCAUUGUGUUCCAGCGAGUGGAGGGCUGGACCCUGCUGGAAUCUGUCUACUUCGUGGUCAUCACGCUGACUACCGUCGGCUUCGGGGACUAUGUGGCAGGUGAUGGUAUGGGGGACAAGCACCCCUGGUACAAGCCCCUGGUCUGGUUCUGGAUCCUGCUGGGCCUGGCCUACUUCGCCUCCAUCCUCACCAUGAUUGGCAACUGGCUGCGGGUGUUGUCCCGUCGCACACGGGCCGAGAUGGGGGGCCUCACCGCGCAGGCUGCCAGCUGGACAGGGAAUGUAACGGCCCAGCUGCGGGUGACGGGCAUGGGGCUGCCCGAGAAGCUUCAGAAAGUGGGGACGCUGAAGGGACACCCACCCUCCCCUAUGCCCCCGGAGCUUCCACCUGCCACGCCUUCUCCACCACCUCCUUUGCCUCGCCCGGAGCUCCCCUCUCCCAGCACCGCCCUGCAGGUGGCGCAGCUCAACGCCCGCAACAUGGCCGCCUCAGCGGGGGGUGGCCUGCGCCCUAUAGACUACAUGGGGGAGAACCUGGCCUUCAUCGAUGAGAGCUCCGACACCCAGAGCGAGGCGCCCAGCGAAGGGGGGCUGCAGGCCAAGCGCCCCCGCCAACUCCGCCGCCUGCGUACCCGCCACACCCACGGCCAGCCCCCCGGCCUGCCCAUGGACCUGCUGAGCCGCACUCGCCACAAGGGCGAGGCAGUCUAG